AUGACUGAGACCCCGCCGAAUGCGCCCAGGGAUCAAGAGCCUAGCAAGAAUGCGCCAGACUCACCAAGCGCUGCGCAGGGCAAUGCAGGGAGUUCACGUGCGGAUCCAGAUAACGAGGGAGAGUCUGCUGGGAUCAUACAUAACGGCACGUCCAGAGUUCGGUUCUCUGUUGAAUUCCCGAGAGGUGAAGUCGAGGGUAAGGCGCAACCAAAUGAUCCUUCUCUCUCGGCGCAGAAGCCCGCAGGAAUUCUCAAAACCCCUUCGUCUGGUCGCAAUCGCGGUUACUCGCUCAGACGGUCGCUCUUCGCCCAGAACAUCCGAAGCCAAGACUCGGACAAUGCAGCUUCUUUUGAGCUGGGAUCGUCCUAUUCCUCUCCCGAUUCGCGCAAUGCAAAAGAGCCUGGACGGCUUCAGUCAACUUCAAUCACAAUCCAGGAAACAGAAGAGGAGAGCAAGGCGGCGACCACGAGCCCGGUCCGCCUGUCAGAUCCCAACCUCGAGUUACCACUAUACCGUCGCUGGCUAUCGAAACAGAGCUCCCGCGUAACGUUGUGGCAAAAGGUCCGGAAUACUUACAAGCAAGCCCGAGACAGGGUUGCUAAAGCCCAUACAGUCCCUCCCACUGUUGACGGCAGACAUGUGCGCGUCAGUGUUUUACAGAUCGAUCGGCCACUUGAUGAACGGACAGGGAAACCCUACAUUGACAAUCUUAUACGCUCAUGUCGCUACACUCCUUGGAAUUUCGUGCCACGCCAACUCGUCGCACAGUUUGGGAAAUUGGCCAAUUUCUACUUUCUUUGUGUUUCUAUACUUCAAAUGAUUCCCGGGCUCAGUACAACCGGUACAUACACCACUAUAAUACCUCUCCUGAUCUUUGUUGCCAUCUCCAUGGCGAAGGAAGGGUACGACGAUGUUCGCCGACAUCGCCUGGACAAAGAGGAAAAUGAACGCUUGACGAAAGUCCUGAACGUUGGAAAUUUCUCUCAAGAGGAUGGCUUUGAAGCCGGGUCCUUAGGGUGGCAAGAAAAGAAAUGGCAUCAGGUCCAAGUCGGGGAUAUUUUGCUGCUCACUAGAGACAGUCCUGUUCCCGCCGACAUGGUCCUUCUUCACGCAGACGAAUGCUCUGGUACGGCUUACGUUGAAACAAAGAGCCUGGAUGGUGAGACCAAUCUCAAGUCAAAAAAGCCACUCCCGGACAUAAGUGCAGCAUGUCAAGACACUGACGGAAUUGCGAAUCUCGGUGCUGACUUCGUCGUGGAAGACCCCAACCUCGAUCUUUACAAAUUCGAUGGCAGGUUAGACAUCAACGGACGCACCUUACCACUGACCAACAACGAAAUUUUAUAUCGCGGGAGCGUUCUGCGCAACACCCCCUCUGCUAUAGGCCUCGUCAUCUAUUCUGGUGAGGAGUGCAAGAUCCGCAUGAAUGCGAACAAGAACCCAAGGGUCAAAGCCCCAGCUUUGCAAGCCAAGGUGAAUAGAGUGGUGAUUGUCGUCGCGGCGCUUGUCAUUUUCAUGGCGAUCAUAUUGACAGUGGCUUACCAGAUCUGGCGGAAAACCACCGAAGAUGAUGCCUGGUAUCUCCAAUCUGCCAGAGUUCCUUUUGGGCAGAUUUUGACCUCCUUCAUCAUCAUGUUGAAUACCAUGCUGCCUCUCAGCUUGUAUGUGUCUCUUGAGAUUGUGAAGGUGGCGCAGAUGUUCUUGAUGGACGAUAUCGACAUGUAUGAUCCAGAGACCGAUACGCCUAUGGAGGCCCAUACAUCCACCAUCAACGAAGAGUUAGGGCAGGUCAGCUAUAUCUUCUCUGACAAGACUGGAACCUUGACAAACAAUUCCAUGAAAUUCCGCAAAAUGAGUAUAGCUGGCACUGCUUGGCUGCAUGACCUUGACCUACAGGAGGAAGCGGCAGGUGAUGCAGGUCGAGAGAAAUUAAAACAUAAAAAGCGUGGCGGGAAAGGGAAGGAGGUCUCGGCACGGAAGAGCAAGCAGUUGCAUGCAAGGAACGCCCGCGAAUCUGCUGCAUCUACUGCCAUCGCGGUCGAGAAGGAGGCUACGUCCGCUGAAGUCGAGUAUCCGGAUGGAAAUUUGCAUGACAAGACUUCGAAUGGUGUCGAUAUGCUCUUGGAAACUGGAAAGACACAAGAUCUGCUGGAUUACAUUCAUCACCGGCCUCAGACUAUCUUUGCACGAAAAGCAAGAUUUUUCCUCCUCUCGUUGGCACUUUGCCAUACAUGUAUACCGGAAAAGAAUGAUGCAGGCGGCAUUACAUAUCAAGCAGCAUCGCCUGAUGAGCUUGCAUUGGUUACCGCAGCACAAGACAUGGGGUAUAUCGUUACGAACCGUCAAUCAAACACAGUUACUGUCAAGACCUACCCGGCCGAUGAUGACGAGGACCCCGUGUAUGAGACCUACGAAGUGCUGGAUAUCAUUGAAUUCUCCAGUGCAAGGAAACGCAUGUCAGUUGUUGUACGAUUUCCAGACCAAAGGAUAUGUCUCAUAAGCAAAGGCGCCGACAGUACGCUCCGGAAACUUCUUCGUCUUGCCGAUCUAGCGAGUUCGAGUGUGCAAGCCGCAGAAAGGCGAGCGACACAAAGGAAGAGUGUUGAGGCUCAGGAGGCACUUCGACGAAAGAGUGUUGCAUUGAGCCACAGGUCGAAUUCUGUACAUGUUGCAGAUGUCUCGCCACGCGUCAGUGGAGUUACCAUUGACAAACCUCACACAGCGAGAGAGAGCAUUGACCAAUGGUUGAAAGCUAGAGAGGCUGACCCAGGCAUGUCGCGGCCACGCCGAAGCUCACAAUUCUAUUCACCGCGGCCCUCGGCCCAGUUUGGCUCCCGGGCCUCUGAAACCUUCGCCAGCAGAGCACAGCAUCCUUCACAGACGAGCCCACGGCCUUCGAUGCAACUCGAUGGUGUAGAUGAACUUGUGGAAGAAAGCUUGGUUAUCAAUGACAAGGCUGUUUUUGAACGUUGCUUUCAGCAUGUCGAUGACUUUGCCACGGAAGGCCUGCGAACAUUACUCUAUGGUUUCCGGUUCCUAACAGACGAUGAAUAUAAGAAAUGGAGAGAAAUAUACGCGUCUGCUACUACCAGCAUAGUAGAUCGCCAAAGCAAAAUCGAACAAGCCGCGGAACUUUUGGAGACGAAAUUGGAACUCCUUGGAGCAACAGCUAUUGAAGACAAGCUCCAGAAAGGUGUUCCGGAUGCCAUUGACCGAUUUCGAACGGGCUGGCAUCAAGCUGUGGAUGCUCACUGGUGA